AUGAGCACGCACCCUUACACCACAGAAUUACACAUUGCCAGUCUGGCUGUCCAGCGAGCGGCGGUCUUGACGAAAAAGCUCCUCUCCGAAGUUGACAAGGGCGCAUUUGACAAGCAAGAUUCAUCUCCCGUGACCAUUGCCGACUUUGCAGCUCAGGCCUCGAUCAUUGCUGCCAUCCAUCACAAUUUCCCAGACGACCAAAUCGUCGGCGAGGAAGAUUCGACCGCCUUGCGUGAGAACUCGGCCCUAUUAGAACGGACAUGGGAACUCGCGACGUCUGUCCAUCUCGAUGAUGCCGCCAGUGAGGCGCUUCUUUACACCCCUAGCUCGCGGGACGAGCUCUUGGACUUGAUCGACCUUGGUACGAAAGGCGCUUGCGGCCCCGGGCGUGUAUGGACCCUCGACCCCGUCGAUGGAACCGCUACGUUUAUCAAAAAUCAGCAGUACGUGGUGUGCCUAUCGCUAGUGGAGGAUGGAACACAGCGGGUGGGCGUGCUGGGGUGUCCCAAUCUCAAGAUUGACGAGGGACCGGUCUCUGAGGAGACGGUUGACCGGGACGGGAACGGGCUGCUUUUGACGGCGAUUGCCGGGCAUGGGGCGUUCAUUGCACCCCUGGGAAAGGGCGCGUUGCAUGAGUCUCGACCUUUGGAGAAAUUACCUGCCGUGGAAGAGACGAGAGAUGUGCGAUUCGUGGACACGCAGGCGGCGUCCUCGCAUAAUCUUGAUGUUCAUGCGCGCGUCGCCAAGCAGCUGGACUGCCCAUGGCCCAAUACGGUGGAUGUGUGGUCGGCACAGAUGCGGUAUGUGGCGAUUGCAGUACAAGGCGGAUGCAAUGCCUUUAUCAAAGUGCCGCGGGAGAAGAACUAUCGAUCAAAGAUCUGGGAUCAUGCUGGAGGCAUGCUGCUGGUUCAAGAGCUAGGCUGUGUGGUCACCGAUUUAGAAGGACAACCUGUGAACUGUGGGUUGGGUCGGACGCUUGGAGGAUGCUAUGGUAUGGUUGUGGCUCCCGCCUCGAUUCAUGGACGGCUUCUAGAAGCUGUUAAGAGGGCGCGGCAGUCAUAG